GCAAAUUAGAUGAUAAAAAAUCAUAACAAUUGUGAUAGUUUUAGAGCCACGGCUUUCACAGAUAUGGUUGGUUUAGCGGGCGGGGGUGGUCAUUUGUAUCCCUCGCCCCCGAUGCAACCCAACUCAUCCGAGUUAAGGGAAAUGGCGGGGAUAACACCAAGUGCACCAACAAGUGCUGAUGCAUGUCUCAGUAUUGUUCAUUCAUUAAUGUGUCAUAGACAAGGUGGUGAAAGUGAAGGUUUUAGUAAACGUGCUAUUGAAUCACUUGUUAAAAAACUCAAGGAAAAACGUGAUGAACUUGAUAGUUUAAUAACAGCAAUAACAACAAAUGGUGCACAUCCAAGUAAAUGUGUUACAAUACAAAGAACACUUGAUGGACGUUUACAAGUUGCUGGAAGAAAAGGUUUUCCACAUGUUAUUUAUGCUAGAAUAUGGAGAUGGCCUGAUUUACAUAAAAAUGAAUUAAAACAUGUUAAAUAUUGUCAAUUUGCAUUUGAUCUUAAAUGUGAUUCAGUAUGUGUUAAUCCUUAUCAUUAUGAAAGAGUUGUAUCACCAGGAAUAGAUCCAUUUUUUACAGAUUUAUCAGGUUUAACAUUGCAAUCUGGUGUUGGUGUUGGACCUGGUGGAAGACUUGUUAAAGAUGAAUAUUCAGUUGGUGGUGGAAGUAGUGGUGGAGCAGGAGCAGGAGGUGUUUCAACAUCUGGUGUUGUUGGUGUACCUGGUGGUAUGGAUGUUGAUGGAGAAAUUAAUCAGACAAUUCAACAUCAUCCACAAUCACAACAAUCACAAAAUAAUUCACAACAAAAUCAACAACAAUUUAUACCUGGUUUAUCAUCACAAAGUUCAGUUGGUGAAGGUAUGUUUGCCGGGGUUGGAACAGGUAAUGGUGGUAAUUCACACAACAAAUUGGAGGAUAAUAAUUGUCCAAGACAGACUUGGAUACCUACGUCUCAUCACAUCUCAGCACGCAGCAUGCAUCAUCCUGGAGUUUUGGGAAUGAGUCAUCAAGUACAAACCCAACAACAACUUGCAGCUCCAAGUGCCAAUCAAUUAUUAAGUCCAGCUCAAAGUCAAUCAAAUGAUCAAUUUUAUUCAACAAAUCCAUCAACACAAGAUCAAUUAAAUCAAUCAUCACCACCAGUUGAUGUACUUGCAACAUCAUUAGCAGUAAAUUCACAAAGUUCACCAGUAUCACCAGUACAUUUACAUCAUCAACAAAAUGGCUUUAAUGUUGGUAAUGCAACAACAAGUGUUAAUCAUUAUAAUACAACAGCUACUACGAAUAAUAAUAAUAAUAAUAAUAAUAAUAAUAAUAAUAAUAACAAUAAUAAUAAUAAUAAUGGACCACAAUGGACUGGUGCAAAUACAUUGACAUAUACACAAAGUAUGCAACCACCAGAACAUCGUGGUGGUGGUGUUGGUAGUGGUGCUGGUAAUGGUGGUGUUGGUGGAGGUGGUGAUAUUAGUGGUGCUGGUGGGGUUGGUGGUAGCGGUGGUGGUGGUGGUGGUACUGUUGGUGGAUGGCAUCAAUCAACACAUUGGGGACAACAUGGUGGUAAUGAUGUUACUGGUAAUAUAACUGGUGGUUUAUUAUCAACACAACCACAACCAGAAUUUUGGUGUUCAGUUGGUUAUUUUGAAUUAGAUACACAAGUUGGUGAAACAUUUAAAGUUAGUGGAUCUUGUCCAACAGUAACUGUUGAUGGUUAUGUUGAUCCAAGUGGUGGUAAUAGAUUUUGUCUUGGUGCAUUAAGUAAUGUACAUAGAACAGAACAAAGUGAACGUGCUAGAUUACAUAUUGGUAAAGGUGUUGUACUUGAUUUACGUGGUGAAGGUGAUGUUUGGCUUAGAUGUCAAAGUGAACAUAGCGUAUUUGUACAAUCAUAUUAUUUAGAUAGAGAAGCUGGUAGAGCACCUGGUGAUGCUGUACAUAAAAUAUAUCCAUCAGCAUAUAUUAAAGUAUUUGAUUUACGACAAUGUCAUAAACAAGUUAAAGGACAAGCAGCACAUUCACAUGCUGCUGCUGCUGCACAAGCUGCUGCUGUUGCUGGACAUUUAACACAUGGUGCACCAAUUGCUAAAAAUUUAAAUGCUGCUGCUGGUGUUGGAGUUGAUGAUCUCAGAAGACUCUGUAUUUUACGACUCAGUUUUGUCAAAGGAUGGGGUCCAGAUUAUCCUAGACUUAGUAUCAAAGAUACACCAUGCUGGAUUGAAGUACAUCUUCAUCGUGCUCUUCAACUUCUUGAUGAAGUAUUACAUGCAAUACCUAUCGAUGGUCCAAGAACUAUCGACUAAUCUUGACUGGUAAUUACACUCGCAGCUAUACUAAGUAAAUAUUGUUUUUUUUUUUUAUAUAAAUUUGCAGGAUCAUAUGAUAAUCCUGUUUAUUUUUAUUUUACACGUGAUAUAAUUAAGUAAAGUGUUUUUUUUUCGUUUUUUUUUUUUCUAUAUGGAAUAAAUUAUUUAACACUUUGUUAAUGAAUUAAUGGCAGUCUCAUAGCCUUAGUCUCGAACAACGUACAAAAAAAGUAAACAAUAACAUUUCGAUUUAAAAAAAAAAAAAAAAAAAAAACAACAACUGACAGUUGAGAAAUAUUUUAUGCGAUAAAUUAUUUUUUAAAAACUGACAAAAUGAAAAAAAUUAAUAUAGACUAAUAAUCAUGAGAUAAAGCUAGAUAUUUUAAUAAGUGGCCAAAUGCAAUCUUUUUGGUUAAUUAAAAUUUUAAUAAUAAUUUGGUUUUUUUAAAUAUUUAAUUGAUAAAUUUAAGCUCAAUGAUUUUUACGUUUUUUUUUAUUGACAAUAAUUUUUUUUUCACUUAUUUUUUGUUUUAAAAAAAAAAAAAAAAGUUAUUAAUUAAUUAAUAUACUGUAUAUAUUUAAAAAAAUUGUUUUAGCUUAGAUCCAAAUGAGUUUAGUAAUUACUUUUUUAGCCAAAAAGUUUUUAAAAAAUGUUUUAUUGUUUUAAAGAAAAAAAAAAACUAUUUGUUAAUUUCUUUUUUUUUUUUUAUUCGCAACUUUACUCAUUAUUUACUUUAUUAAAAUAAUUACGCAUUACGUUAUCGUUAUAUUUUAAAUUUAAUAAUUAAUUUUAAAUUUUGAUUUUAUUGUUAAAUAAUAUUAGCGUUUUCAGAUUUUAUAACGUAGAAUUUUUAGUGGAUUUUGUUAUAUCAGUUAAAUCCGAAGCAACAUUAAGAUUAAUCAAUUUAUUUAUAAUUAAUAUUUAGUAAUUGAUUACGAGUAAUUGUGUCAAACAAUUGUUAUAAUUUCAACACUUAAAAAACAAAAAAAAAAAGCUUGAUAAACAGCUCGAUAGUUGAUAAAUUUAUUAAACAAAUAAUUUGCUGUUUUGUUAAUUAAUAAUUAUUAUCAACAAACGAAUUUAUCUGUUUUUUUUUUUUUCAAUUAGCUAUUUUUAAUCUAUUAUUAUUAUAAAAUUAGAUAAAUAAUUUACAUACUCAGCACCAAAAUAAAGCAACCUUGGGCCUCACGAUAUUUCAUCGUAAAAAAUGGUACAAAAAAAAAGAAAUUUAACAAAACAUUUUUUACCUAAAAAAUUGACUCUGAAUUAUACUCAACUACAUUAUAAAUUAUUUAUAUAAAAAAAAAUAUAUAUAUGACUAAAAAAAAUAUGUGCCAUCAUUUUUCAUAAAAAAAAAAAAGAG